GCUGGCGGGAGGGGAAGGGAAAGACCACGCGAUUGCUUUCAUCAGAGCGGACGCGUAAUCGCGUGGUUGAGGUUGUCUUUAUACGUAGUUCAUUCGCGCACGCAAGAUGGCGGACAUACGCACGUGGAAUAAAGACCUAGUGCUUGAAUUACUUGCUCUUUAUAAAUCGUUUCCUUGCCUGUGGAAAAUUAAAUCAGAGCAGUAUAAAAACAAAAAUCUCAAAAAGGAGGCCUAUGACAAAAUAGUAAUUUUUUGUAAAGAAAAAGGAUUUCCGGAUGCUAACCGAGAUUUUGUAGUAAAAAAACUCCAAAGCUUAAGAGGUUCUUUCCGUAAAGAGCUAAGGAAAGUAGAAGAUAGUCACCGGAACGGAACGGAAGAAGUAUACCAAUCCUCACUUUGGUAUUACGAUUACUUACUGUUCACCAAGGAUCAAGAAUUACCAACAGACAGUAUAUAUAAUGCUGAUGAAGAUCCCGAUGAAAACAUAGAUAUUGAUCACAAUAUUAUUGAAUGCGAAAUAACAGAAAACAGCGUUGGCGAAAUUGACCAUCAAACUCAAAUGAUUGACGCUGCUUGGACUGAAAGUGCUUCAACACCUCGAAGAAAUAAAAGGAAGGCUUCAGACAACUACCAGGCCGAAUCCUUUAAAGUCCGCGCAGAUACACUUAAAUCAAAUCACGAGGAGCUUUCGGAGUUUGAACUUGCUGGAAUGAAUGUGGCCAAAAAAUUAGCUAAAAUGGAUCCGGUGCAGGCAAUUUAUGCGGAAUCCAUAAUAAACAAUGUUCUAUGUAAAGGGUUGCUGAAAAAGCUGACAGAAGAUACUGAUUUAUGCGAUAAUUAUUGUAAUAAGAAUGUUCGAACACCGACUUCCGUCGAUUAAAGCCACGAGAUAUAGGUAUGACUCAGGAGGGAAGAAAAUUCUUCUAAUGAAAUUUCGCAACAUGGAGCGUAGUCAUAAUAUAUUUUUGGUCAGGCUUCAAUAAUCGACGAGUUCAUAGGUAUUACAGUCUAUAUUAGGAGGCAUGUACGAAAACCAGGCAGAAAGCGUCUAAGAACUUUUUCUGUAUUUUCUAAUUAUAAUGUACCAACCUCAAACA